AUGGCGGGGAAGUUGGAGCCUUUGGAAGUGGCGCCGCCGGAAGUCCUUGAGGAGGCUGAAGGUCAGACCAAGUCUUCAAAGAAGACUGAAGAGUUGCUGGAAAUGGUGAAGAAGCUGCAGAAAGAGGGAGGCCUAGAGCCACAGGUCGAAGACCUGAUUAACCGGAUUAAUGAGCUUCAGCAAGCAAAGAUGAAAUCCAGCGAGGAACUGGGAGAAGCCCACGCUCUCUGGGAGGCCCUGCGUAGGGACCUGGACUCCUUGAAUGGAGAGAAAGUGCACCUGGAGGAGGUUUUGAGCAAAAAGCAAGAGGCACUGAGGACCCUCCAGCUGCACUGCCAAAGGAAGGAAGGUGAGGCUCAGAGGAAGUACAUGUUGGCAGGGCACAUGGAACACAUUUCUAUCUAUAACUCUCAGAUCACAGAGAGUCAGGGACAGAGGAAGCCGGGGUUGCACGUGGAAGAAUGUCUGGAGGAUUUGACAGGCCAGCACAAAGACCCCUGGGAAUUCCACAUGCUGAAGCAGCGACUGGCCUGGGAGAUCCGUGCCCUGCAGAGCAGCAAGGAGCAGCUGCUCACCGAAGAGAGGCGGGCGCGGGCCAAGCUGGAGACGGUGGAGCGGCGGCUGCGCUCUCCGCCCGAGGUCCAGAGCGCGCCGGCAGAGAAAGACGGGCUGAAGGCGGAGCUGGAGAAAGUCGGGGGGCAGGGCCCCGCCCAGACCCAGACCACCCCAGAGGACCGGGCCGGAGAGGUAGAGAGCCCGGGAUGGAGGCCUGACGGGCCGAGACAGAGCGGGCGGGAUCUGGGAUCCGGAGCCCCUCUGAGAGGGGGGUGUGCGGGUGCCGGGCGUCCUCGGGGCGGUGGGGACAGGGAAAGGGCGGCGCGGGCCAGCGUGGGCGGGCGCCAGGGCCCCAAAGCCUGACUCCCAGCCCCCGCAGGCCGGCCCCCAGCUCCCCAGCGAGGGUGACCUGGCGCCGCCGGCGGAGCUGGCCCUGACGCCCCCCUAGGCCAGUAGGACCCACCCGGCCCCACCUUCCUUCAAGGCGCGCCCGGAAAUAAAGGCGACGUUUGCGGACCAUCCUCCAAUAUCCCGGCUGAGUCUGUGCCACAGGAGUCAUUGGGGGUGGGGGUCGUGCCCUUCCUCUCUCCGGGGGAAGGGGGAGUGGUUCAGGAAGUCUGGGCGUGGCCUCGCCGGACUCCGCCCACCACUCCCUUGGCCCGCUCAGGCCGCGGGAGCUCAGUAAAAGCUCCCGACAGCUCAAUGACUGGGUGGGUGUCAAGACCAUUCCAUCUCCACGGGCUCACCUCGGGUUCCUGAACCGUCUCUUUUACCAGUAAGGGCUAGAAGGGACGUGUUAAAAACCCGCGGCAGGUCCUGUCAGUCUCCUGUGGUUCAGAGUAAAAUCCCAGCCUCCCAGAGUCCCUGCAUUACCCGCAGAUUCCCUUGGACCUGCCCACCUACCUGGCCUCGCCUCUCACACCCUCACACGUUUGCUUCAAGCUACACAGCUGAUUUUCCACCCUUCUCCAAGCACCUUGUCAUCUCACGGCCUUUGCCCUGCUGUGUCGUCAUCUGGGGUCCCCUUACCCCAGUCUCCUCGGACUGCAGGGCUGUUAAGGAUGUCAGCUGCUCAGGAGGCUGGCCUGGGGGACCCAGUUCCAAAGGGCACCUUGCCACCUGCUAAGCACGUGCGGGUUAAAGAAGCAUUUGCUGAAUGUCUGCUUGUGUACCAGGCGCUAUUGUAGGCCCCGGAUUCUAAGUAGCAGGGUCAGGGAGGAUCUCACUGAGGUAGUGGUGCCUGAGCAGGGAGGUGAGGGGGCAGGCGAGGGAGUGAGCCCCGCAGGUGUC